AGUGCGCGUGGCAGCAGGAGCAUGGCUGUGUACGCGGCUGCGGCGACGGUGCUGGCUGGGGUGGAAAACCGCCAGGGCUCCCUCAAGGGGCUGGUGUACGCCAGCAACUUCCAGAACGUGAAGCAGCUGUACGCGCUGGUGUGCGAGACGCAGCGCUACUCCGCCGUGCUGGACGCCGUGAUCGCCAGCGCCGGCCUCCUCCGCGCCGAGAAGAAGCUGCGGCCGCACCUGGCCAAGGUGCUAGUGUAUGAGUUGUUGCUUGGCAAGGGCUUUAGAGGGGGCAGAGGACGAUGGAAGCCUCUCCUGGGCCGUCACCAAGCGAGGCUCAAGGCUGAGUUGGCGAGGCUCAAGGUUCACCGGGGUGUGAGCAGGAACGAGGACCUGUUGGAAGUGGGGUCCAGGCCCGGCUCAGCCUCCCAAGUGCCUCGCUUCGUGCGGGUGAACACCCUCAAGACCUCCCCAGAUGAUGCGGUGGAUUAUUUCAAGAGGCAAGGUUUCUCCUACCAGGGUCGGGCUUCCAGCCUUGAAGACUUGCAGGCCCUGAAGGGGAAACACUUUGCUCUGGAUCCCUUGUUGCCUGAGCUGCUCGUGUUUCCUGCACAAACUGAUCUGCAUGAACACCCACUGUACCGGGCAGGUCACCUCAUCCUGCAGGACAAGGCCAGCUGCCUCCCGGCCAUGCUGCUGGCCCCGCCACCCGGCUCCCACGUCAUCGACGCCUGUGCUGCCCCAGGCAACAAGACCAGUCACCUGGCGGCUGUUCUGAAGAACCAGGGGAAGAUCUUUGCCUUCGACCUGGAUGCUAAGCGGCUGGCGUCUAUGGCCACUCUGCUGGCCCGCGCUGGAGUCUCUUGCUGCGAGGUGGCCAAGGAGGACUUCCUGGCAGUGUCACCGGUGGAUACACGCUACGCGCGGGUCCAGUACAUCCUGCUGGACCCCUCCUGCAGUGGCUCUGGCAUGUUGAGCCGGCAGCUGGAGGAGCCCACGGCAGAGCCGCCCAGCAAGGAGCGCCUGUGUGCCCUGGCAGCGUUUCAGCUUCGAGCUCUGCGCCAUGCGCUCACUUUCCCAGCGCUGCAGCGCCUUGUCUACUCCACGUGCUCCCUGUGCCCGGAGGAGAAUGAGGAUGUGGUCCGGGAAGCCCUCCAGCAGAGUCCAGAGUCCUUCCAGCUGGUGCCCGUCCUGCCCUCCUGGCCACACCGAGGCCUUGGCACCUUUCCAGGGGCUGAACACUGCCUCCGGGCCUCCCCUGAGACCACGCUGACCAGUGGCUUCUUCAUUGCAGUGAUUGAACGGACAGAGGUGCCAAGCCUGGCCUCUCCCAGCCCAGUGCCGAAGAGGAAGAGGCGGCAGAAAGCAGUGGCCAGCGUGGGCACACAGGUUGAGGGCAGUGAACCACAGGGAAGGAAGCUGCCGAACAUGUGCUGAGCACUACUGCCUGGCAG